AUGACGAUUCUCUGGGUGCUGGUGCUGCUAUUAUUGCAGGCAUGGCCGGCAACGUCAUGGACACCUACUUUCCAUCUAGGACGGCCAAUGUUUGGCAUGAGAAUUCAUAAAAAACUCGAUGAAGGAACGCUAGCAGCUGCUAAACGACCAGCUCCAUUUGGUGCCACUGAAGGCUACUUUGUUCAGAAACUCGACCACUUCAACAAAUCCUCAAAAGCCACUUGGAAACAGCGCUACUUCGCCAACUUUCGCUACCAAAGAGGGGACUCGAGUGUCGUUUUCCUGAUCCUUGGAGGUGAAGGUCCAGAAAGAAUCGACUGGGUUCAAAAUGAAGCUUACCCAUUCGUUCAAUGGGCAAAAGAAAAAGGAGCCAUUCUAUUCGAUCUUGAGCAUCGCUUUUAUGGUCAAAGCCGUCCAACUGUGGACCAGUCCGUGGACAACCUAAAAUUCCUAAACAGUCGUCAAGCUAUCGAAGAUAUAGCCGAAUUCAUUCGACUAAUGAAUCAGAAGUACAAGCUCAGAAAUCCAAGUUGGGUAACAUUCGGAGGAUCAUACUCAGGCGCACUGUCGCUAUGGUUUCGUCAGCUACACCCAGAAAUGGUCGUCGGAGCCGUUGGUAGUUCAGCACCAGUCGAAGCCGAACUCGACUUUUGGAGAUACCUUCAAGUGGUUGAGGACUCACUACGUUCAUACAGCGAUGAAUGUGCCGAGAAUGUACGAAUAGGAUUCAUGCAUAUGAUAGAUAUGAUGAACACUAAACUAGGGCGGGAUCAAUUGUCCGAACUGUUCAAAAUGAAGCUUCUCCAAAAAUUCAUCUAUGGAGCCUCGGAGCCUCAGAGCGUAGUCCCUUUUUCCAGGCUCAAUCCACCAUUUUCAAACCUUUCAUUAACGUAUAACGACGUACAAAACUUCUACUCAACCAUAUACGGGAAUUUCCAAGGAGCAGUUCAGUACAGUGGAGACAAUGCGGGUUUAUACGCCAGUGGUUACGGUAUCCCACAAGUAUGCCGAAUUAUGAACGAUAAUAGCACUGACGAGCUGACCGCUUUGCAGCGUGUUAACGAAUAUAUGGCCGGAAUGUACGGUGAUUUUGAAUCGACUCCAAACAGCUACCAAGAUAUGAUAGACUACUUGAGAAAGACGCAAUUUGGUGACGAUGAAGAUUUCGAUUCCGGUGCUCGCAGUUGGACAUGGCAAACGUGCACUGAAUUCGGCUACUACCAAACAACUGAUGGCGGUCCAAAUGGCAUUUUUGGUUCUGUCACUCCGUUGAGUCUAUUCACCAACAUGUGUCGUGAUAUUUUCGGACAGCAGUUCGAUGAAGAUCAAAUCAGCAAAUCUAUUCAAUCGACACUCGACUUCUACGGAGGUGCUGGCGGAUAUAAGGGAACAAAUGUGGUGAUUCCCAAUGGCUCGCUUGAUCCGUGGCAUGCGCUCGGAAAGUACACGUCGAACGAUCCGUCUGUUGUGUGGUACCUCGUUAAUGGGACCGCUCAUUGUGCUGACAUGUAUCCGCCCAGUCCUCGCGACCCACCUGGCUUGACAACCAUUCGCACGCUCAUCUCACAAAAUAUUGACAUUUGGAUUUCGAAUGUUCCUAGCCCUUUCCAUCAACCCGUGAAAUCCGAAGAGGUUGAAGAAUCGAUCAAGCCGAAAGUGAAAGUGAACCAUCCAUUAGAAGGGGUUCACAAUGCUCUCAAACCGACUAAAGAGAAUGAGGAGAAGGAACCAAAGAAAUAUAAAGAAUGGACCAGACACCGAAAAAUGUUCUUGGGCAGGCCGCCACAUGGACUUCGCCCUCCACCAAAUUCGGUUAGUAUUGGUGAAGAUUGUAAAAUGACUGAUUGUGACUCUGUGGAACACUGCUACAGAGUUGAAGAGCUCGCUGCCCCGUAUGACUAUGAGGCCGGAUUCUUCACUCAGCCAGUGGAUCACUUCGACAAUCAAAAUCCUAAUACAUUCGAACAGCGCUACUUUAAAAACACGCAAUGGGCCCAACCAGGUGGACCGAUAUUCUUGAUGAUUGGAGGCGAGGGACCUGAGUCGUCGAAAUGGGUGCUAAACGAGAACAUCACAUACUUGACAUGGGCAAAGAACCCUAAUGGAUUGGAAAAUGAAGAUCUCACCUAUCUGUCUUCCAUUCAAAUGCUCCACGAUGUGGCAAAUUUCAUUCGAACGGUUAAUUCCGAGCUGCCUACGCCAGCAAAGUGGAUAACUUUUGGUGGAUCGUACUCGGGAGCGUUGUCAUUGUGGAUGCGAGAACUUUUCCCCGAUCUGGUUCAAGGAGCUGUCGGUUCAUCUGCUCCUGUUGAGGCUAAAGUGGACUUCUACGGUGGGUUCGAUCGUAUGUGUUUAUCUCUGUCUCCACCUUGGGACGAUGUUACCGAUGUUAGCGAAACCGAUGUACAGUUCUUCUUCUCCAAUAUCUACAGUCAAUUCCAAGGCGCUGUGCAGUACAGCGGCGAUAACACUGGGGGAUACGCUUCCGGACAUGGUAUUCCUGAUAUGUGUCGUUUCAUGACUAACAGUGCAAAAGACCCAAUCCAAAACAUCGCCGCUUUCAACCAGUACAUGACAGUAUUUUAUCAGGGUGGCAAGCCUUUUGAAAACACGGAAAAUGAUUACGAAGACUUCGUAACCUAUCUUCAAAAUGCGCAGGAGUUCGGACCAGAUGCGGCGGCGUCGGCAUUAUGGACAUGGCAGACGUGUACUGAAUUUGGCUAUUUCCAGUCUUCAGAUUCCAGUUACAGUAUCUUUGGCAGCCCAACUCCGGGAACGAACGUGGUCAUCCCUAAUGGAUCCAUUGAUCCAUGGCAUGCCCUUGGCACAUACACCUCCAAUGACCCAUCUGUAGUUUGGUACCUCAUAAAUGGAACAGCUCACUGUGCGGACAUGUAUCCAGCUCGACCAGAAGAUCUGCCUGAUCUCGUUGCUGCUCGCAGUUUGAUUGAAAAUAACAUCGCCAAAUGGGUUGCCGAGCCUGUACCUCCUACCGGACCACCGACAGAACCGACAAAACCGACAACGACCACAACGACCACAACGACGACAACGACAACGACAACGACAACGACAACGACUACAACAACACAUAAGGAAGAAGUGCAAACUUCAACACUCCCAACUACAACAACAACUCAUAAAGAAGAAGUGCACACUAAAGCGAGCCCUAUCAUCCAAACGACGACUACACGAAUCAAUUCUGACACUAAAGCAGCAGAUUACCGCCACGGUAGGAUUUAA